AUGGAGACCGGGCUGCCCUGCCCCGACUGGCUCAUCUCGAACACUUCCAACGUACACGUGGCACGCGACCGUGUUUGGUUUUCCACCUACACGCCGUUCGCUACCUAUAUAGGCGAAGCUUACGGGGCGUCUCGGCUUGACGUGGUCGGGAUUGGCGAUGUCGAAAUCCCGGUCAAGCUGUAUCCGAAACGCUCCGGUCCCCGUUCCCACGGCAUUCUCCGGCUCCGCAACGUCCUGCACGCCCCUACCGCCUUUUGCAACAUCGUCGGUAGUACGAGCACUGGCGACUACGCCGGCAUGCAGUUAGGCGGCAUGGGAAAAAAUUUCAGGGACGGGCAGCUUAUGGAUGCUGAGGGGCGGCGGAUCGCCUACAUCCACGCACCGGGGCCGGUCUGGGUGCUUAAACUCAGCGGGCCGCCUGUCGGCCCAGUGGUCGGCGAGUCGGUUUUCAAGCAAGACGAGGGAUACAUGAUCAACGCGAUCUGGCCCGAUUCGGAGCGCUCUAGAUGGGCCGCAGCCAGCGGAACGCAGCCGACUACUGGAAGCAACCAACAGGGAGCAAGUGGCGGUAACGGCAACCGGGAGGCCCAAUCCUCUCGCCCGCCGCCCUACACAAGAGACGAAAGAGAUUGGUUGAAGAAGAAUUGGGGCGGCGAAAUCAGGUUCCUCCGCUGCUGGGGCUUCAACAUCCAUGACGAAAAAGACCGAGACGAGGGCAGGCAGAUGGUGCGGGCCAUAAUACGAAAUGAGCGGGACGACAAGGAGGAAGACGAAGCCGACGCGGACGACGGGCUAGUCGAUGAUAUCGAGCGAUCCUUCCAAGGCCACUUUGCGGAUUGCAACUUCACCGAGGAGGAAUUGGACUUCAUUGAGCGCGGAUGGGGCAACUCGGAAAUGUUUAUGCUCACCUACGGUCUCAAGUUAUACAACGACAACGAUUGUGAAGAAGCGAAGGCGAUCGUCAGAGCCCUGAUGUCGGACCCCGAGCCAAUGGGCGAGGAAGAUGACGAAUGA